AUGGCAACCGAAGGUGAUGUAGAGCUGGAACUGGAGACAGACCAGAGGCCAAGAGCAGCCCCCGAGAAGCCUGGGACCCAUGACAGUGAUACAGCGGACCUGGGGCAGGUCACCAAUUAUGUGGAGGAGGAGAUCCAGAGUUCCAAUGUGGAAAGAACCAUGUCCAUCACUGGGGACAGAUGGUCCAGGGAAAAGAAAGCCAAACAGGAGCAAGAGAAGGAACUGGCUAAAGUCACUAUCAAGAAGGAAGAUCAGGGUUUGGCACCAGCCACAUACUCCUAG